CACCAUAUUUUCUCUAUAGCAAUUCACAAUAAUCCAAUCAUGGGAAUCAAUAUUUGUCUCUCUCUUUGCUUCUUCUACAUCACUACCCUUCACCGCACAAUUUCCACGUUGGCCCAGUCUGAGAAUUAUAUCAUCCACAUGGACAUAUCAGCCAUGCCCAAAGCAUACUCCUCCCAUCACACUUGGUAUCUCUCCACUCUCUCUUCAGCAUUGGAGAAUUCCAAAGCCACCACCGACAACCUUAAUUCUAAGCUGAUUUACAUCUACACCAAUGUCAUCAAUGGUUUCAGUGCAAACCUGUCACCUAAAGAGCUUGAAGCUCUCAAAACCUCCCCUGGUUACGUUUCUUCCAUGCGAGAUUUACGCGCCAAGCGUGACACAACACACUCACCACAGUUCCUUGGCCUCAACAAGAAUGUGGGGGCGUGGCCAGCGUCUCAAUUUGGCAAAGAUAUCAUUGUUGGUUUGGUGGACACUGGAAUUUCUCCUGAAAGCAAAAGCUAUAACGAUGAGGGAUUGACUAAAAUUCCUUCUCGAUGGAAAGGCCAAUGUGAAAGUAGCAUCAAAUGCAACAACAAACUCAUUGGAGCGAGGUUCUUCAUCAAAGGGUUUCUGGCAAAGCACCCCAACACCACCAAUAAUGUUUCUUCAACGCGUGACACUGAUGGUCACGGGACUCACACAUCAAGCACUGCAGCUGGGAGUGUUGUUGAGGGUGCAUCAUACUAUGGGUAUGCUUCUGGAUCAGCCACAGGAAUAGCUUCACGUGCGAGAGUGGCCAUGUACAAGGCCUUGUGGGAUGAAGGAGAUUACGCAUCUGAUAUAAUAGCUGCAAUUGAUAGUGCUAUAUCAGACGGGGUUGAUGUUCUUUCCUUGUCAUUUGGUUUUGAUGAUGUACCCUUGUACGAAGACCCUGUUGCUAUAGCCACGUUUUCAGCAAUGGAGAAAGGAAUUUUUGUGUCCACGUCAGCAGGAAACGAAGGGCCUUUCCUUGGAAGACUUCACAAUGGAAUACCAUGGGUCAUAACCGUGGCUGCUGGCACCUUGGACCGUGAAUUUCAUGGUACUCUUACACUUGGCAAUGGUGUCCAAAUAACUGGCAUGUCUCUCUAUCAUGGAAACUUCUCUUCCAGCAAUGUUCCAAUUGUUUUCAUGGGCUUGUGCGACAACGUGAAGGAACUAGCCAAGGUGAAAAGCAAGAUUGUGGUGUGUGAAGACAAGAAUGGAACUAUCAUUGAUGUUCAGGCGGCUAAGCUGAUUGAUGCAAAUGUUGUCGCGGCUGUGUUAAUUUCAAACAGCUCUUACAGUUCGUUUUUCUUAGACAAUAGCUUUGCGUCUAUUAUUGUUUCCCCAAUAAACGGGGAAACUGUCAAAGCUUACAUUAAGAGUACUAACUAUGGCACAAAAGGAACCUUGUCUUUUAAGAAGACAGUUUUGGGUUCUAGACCAGCUCCGAGUGUGGAUGAUUACAGUUCUAGAGGGCCUUCAAGUAGUGUUCCAUUUGUGUUGAAACCGGACAUCACUGCUCCUGGUACAUCAAUCUUAGCUGCAUGGCCUCAAAAUGUUCCGGUGGAAGUGUUUGGGUCCCAAAAUAUUUUCAGCAACUUCAAUUUGUUAAGUGGCACAUCCAUGGCAUGCCCCCAUGUUGCUGGUGUGGCAGCACUGUUAAGAGGAGCACACCCUGAUUGGAGCGUUGCAGCCAUUAGGUCAGCCAUUAUGACAACAUCGGACAUGUUUGACAACACCAUGGGACUCAUCAAAGACGUUGGUGAUGAUUACAAACCAGCCACUCCUUUAGCCAUGGGAGCUGGUCAUGUCAACCCAAAUAGAGCCCUUGACCCUGGACUUGUUUACGAUGUGGGAGUUCAAGAUUAUGUUAAUCUUCUCUGUGCACUUGGCUACACCCAAAAGAACAUCACCGUUAUCACAGGAACCUCUUCCAAUGAUUGUUCGAAACCCUCUUUGGACCUCAACUACCCUUCUUUUAUUGCUUUCUUCAAGAGCAACAGUUCAAGUACAACACAAGAAUUUGAGAGAACCGUGACCAAUGUUGGGGAGGGACAGACAAUCUAUGUUGCCAGCGUUACACCCGUCAAAGGGUACCACGUGAGCGUUAUCCCCAAGAAAUUGGUGUUCAAGGAGAAGAAUGAGAAGCAGAGUUACAAGUUGAGAAUUGAAGGUCCAAGAAAGAAGAAAGAGAAGAAUGUCGCUUUUGGGUAUCUCACUUGGACGGACUUGAAGCAUGUGAUUCGGAGCCCCAUUGUGGUCUCUACCCUCACAUUCGAUUUCUAGAACAAUUUAUUGUGGCUGAGAUAUAUAUGCUCAAAUAUAUGAAUCAAGUGAAAAAUGUAUAUUAACUAGAGAAAUCUUCUAAUGAAAAUAAUAACCAUUUCUCACUUGACCAACAUA